GUCAUAUAAAGGAUCCUCUGCUUCACAUUAUGAAAGAAAGACGUGAACUACAAACCUGAAUGCAACCUGGAAUUUCCAAACAGAUGAUCUUGUGACAGCCUUUUCAAGAGUCCAGUUAUCAGGCAAAAGGACCAUCCAGAUAACUGGAAAUUCAAUACCAGCCAAUCCUAAAGAGGAAAGUUUGUGCUUUUGAAAUAUAUUCCUGCAACAAAGGAUUUGAGGGAGGAGAUAUAUCAGUAUAAAUAGGGAUCCCACAUACCCCAGCUGUGCCUCCUCAGAUUUGUACAACACUGAUUCAGACCAUCCAAAAAUUUCAACUGUUCCAACUGUCACAGAAAAGAGCUGAAUGUCAGGAUGCAAGUAGUUACUAUUAUAUUACUACUUCUUCUUUGUAAUGCAUGUGACUGUAGGAGGACAAGGAAUGGGAGUUUGAGAAACAAUGAAAGGGAAAACAUCUUAAGGAGAGCAUCUAGCACUGUUAAGCGCAAUGCCCAAGGCCUAACAUGUGAUAUUUACACUUAUCUUCAUGAGAAAUACUUAGAUUGUCAGGAAAGAAAAUUGGUUUUUGUGGCACCUGAUUGGCCAGAGGAUAUAAAACACAUGCUGCUAGCAAGAAACAGAAUUCGUAAAUUAAAGAACAAUAUGUUUUCCAAGUAUAAAGUACUGAAAAGUCUGGAUUUACAACAGAAUGACAUAUCAAAAAUUGAAAGCGAGGCUUUUUAUGGUUUGGAUAAACUUACCACGCUCUUACUUCAGCAUAACCAAAUUAAGAUUUUAUCUGAGGAGAUUUUUAUUUAUACGCCCAGUCUAAACUACCUACGUCUCUAUGACAAUCCCUGGCAUUGCAGCUGUGAACUAGAAACUCUUGUUACAAUGCUACAGGUUCCAACAAACAGGAAUUUGGGAAAUUAUGCCAAAUGUGUGUACCCAAUAGAACUGAAAAAUCAGAAGCUAAAGCAGAUAAAAGCUGAUCAGCUAUGUAGUGAAGAGGACAGGCAGGAUCCCAAAAACAUAAAACGGGAGAAGCCUGAAGCUGUCAAACAACCAGAAUUUGAUUCCUCUUUGUGCCACAUGUACGUGUUUCCUGUGACAACUCUGAACUGCAAAAGAAAAGAUUUAAAGAAAGUUCCAGGUAACAUACCUCCAGAUAUAGCUAAACUUGAUUUGUCCAACAACAAAAUUAGACAGCUACGAGCCAAGGAGUUUGAAGAUGUCAGUGAACUGAAGAUAUUAAAUCUAAACAGCAAUGGAAUAGCAUACAUUGAUCCUGCUGCUUUUUCAGGCCUCAAUAACUUAGAGGAGCUGGAUCUAUCAAACAACAGCUUGCAGAAUUUUGAAUAUGGAGUACUGGAAGAUCUUUACUUUCUGAAAAUACUGUGGCUGAGAGAGAAUCCUUGGAGAUGCGAUUACAACAUACACUAUCUUUUCUACUGGCUGAAGCACCACUACAAUGUUCACUACAAUGGCCUAGAAUGCAAAAUGCCUGAGGAAUACAAAGGAUGGUCUGUUGGAAAAUAUGUUCGAAGUUAUUAUGAGGAAUGCCCAAAAGACAAGCUUCCCAUUUAUCCAGAAACUUUUGAUUUGGACAAAGAUGAUGAGGAAUGGGAACGACACAAAGAGGAAACAGUUCAGACAGUAAAGAAGCAUGGUGUAAUUGUCACCGUGAUAGGCUAAUAAGGGAAUCCUUUCCCUUAGUAGAUUUAAAUAUCUGAUAUUUGAGAAAGAAAAACAUGCUGUUUACAUUUGUUCUAAUUAUUCUGUUGGUUUGUAGGACAUUCUGCCUACAAAGAUGUCUGUUUAUUGCCGAUAAUAACUACAGAAUGACAUUAGUUCGACAGCAUCCUUCAUCUAGUAAUUGUUUUUGACAAUUUGUUCUGGACACUCUUGUGAAAUAUUUUGGCAAAUAUUUGAAACUAUACAGUAAAAAUCGAUAGACACAAAUGUACAUAAUUAUGGUGGGGGGAAGCUGUCUUAUGUAUGGACACAGUUUAUGUGUUCACACAGAAAUAGCUGCAGGAUUGUGACUGAGACCCAUUUUUCCCGAAUGUAUUGACAGUCUUUUGUAUCUAUCAGUUUCCUGAAAUAUUCCCAGAAAACGUUUCUGAGAUUUUUAUAUCUACUUCCUGUUGUUUUAUUGUAGACCAAAAAAAAAACCAAAAAAACAAAUUUAAGACUAACCUUAAAUACAAUUCUAGAAAAAGAGGAACGACAGUUGUUAUACUAAUUAGGAUUCAAACACAGAAGGUGGGUUUCACUUGCUGAUUUAUUAGUGUUCCUCCUCAGUCUUGAAACAAUAACUUAGCCUCUGCCUCUUCCAUACCUGAAGUGCCUUGAAACGAUAAGUAGCCAAGACAUGGUUGGUUCCCAAGAUCCAGCUCCACGUGCUCAUAAUUGCCUUUUUUGGUUUUUGAGGCAAGCAGAGCUGAAAUCUUUCUAGGAAGAAUUUCAUGUUGUUGUAUCAGUUUGACACAGAUUACAUGCCAUCACUUCCAGGUGACGAAGAUCAUGUGAAGGAUGCUGUGGUCUGCAUCCAGCACAUCAGUGCCCACCCAAACUGAAGGUAAGGAUGCUUUUGAAAGCUCAGAAGUGUGGGACUUUCUCUAAGUUCACUCUUCUCUCAGCUCAUUUGUAAAAUGCACAUUACAGCACCUCCUUGUCAAACAUCUAUCUAUGUGAAUACACAUUGAUUAAAACCUGUGAUCAUUCUAACACUACAGUAACAGGGCAGUACAAAUGCCUCAGCUAAAUAGAUGAGAUCUCUAAAGAUAAAAUUCCUUGCUGCAUAAUAUACUUAGAUCAUAAGAAAUGCGUAUGUGCAGAGUAGAAAUUCAGGGCCAAGACUUUAAAUUUCUCUUGACUAUCAUGGAAGAAGUUCUGGGAGACUCCACAGAGAAACUUUCCUCCUUUAAAGAUCUGGAGACAAUGAUGGUGUUUGUGCAUUCCUCUGGUGCUUUAACCACAAGUCCCAAAGGUUGCUCAUUUUGUUCUACAAGACAAAGCACUCAGUGGUUUAGUGCUAACAUGAAAUAAAAGAACAACAUAAAGGAAAAAAUCAGGAGAUGUUAAGGGUGAUAGGAAUGUCAAAGAAUCUCAAAGCAAACACAUCCUAUUAUUAUUUACAUUCCUUUAUGUCCUCCAUUAUUCAGAUAUGAAUAUAUUUCAUGGUGCUUUGCUGACAAACUGGGUAAUGUAGCCAUUUCUUCUACAAUAUCCCUCAAAAACUUUAUAGCAAAAAUACAACAGUAUCUGACUCAUCCCUGUUCCUGGAAAUAUCUUAAGCAUUAUCUUCACUGUUAAAGGUUAAUCCUGAUAAGAUGGAACAGAGAGGAAAAUCCCAUUUGCCAGUAACAUUCACUAAAUAGGGCAUAUUCUGGAAACUAAAAAGUGAUGAAAGUAAAAAAAAAAAGUUUGCCUACAAAUAGUAGCACGUACUAAGUAAUGUUGUCCUCCUCCUCUCAAAUUCUGGAGAAUUAUCUCAAUACAGGACAGGCAAUGAAACCACAGCAGAACAUCUGUUAUUGGCAGCACAGCCAAUGGUGAAAAUCUGAGUAGGAAAAAAUGCAUUUAUAAACCAUGUUAUGUUAAUUUCUGCAAAGAGUCAGUGCUGGGAAAGAAUACUAGCUUAAGGCAGGCUAGGUCUGGGUAGAAAAGACAAUCCUGGAGAAGAAUUUAAGACAGAAGAAGAAUAUAAGACAAAAUCUGUGUGAGAGGUCUCUGAUCUCUCAGGUCAGCAAAAAGUACCAGUUGAAAAAGCAGUGGGAUAAGACUGAGGACCACAUGCAGUGGCUUAAUUGCUCUUGUUUGAAGGCCCUGUGGAUUCCCAAAGAGACACCCCCACUGAGGAUGUGGCAAAGUAGACAACAAUAAUUGCAGUAAUUACAACUACAAAUUAUGUAAGAACACAACAAUAGAAAUAGAAGAUUGGGGCAAGGAUAAUAUAGGUUAGCAUUAUCUCCUGACAGUGACACAAAUUCUUUGAGAAAAGACUGUAUGAUCAGAAAAAGCAUACAGGAGUUAUGAAGGCAAUGCAGAAGGAGGUAGCACAAGAAAAAAGACAAUAAUAUAUCUGAAAAACAUACAUAUGGGGAAAAUUACUAACAAUUGAUAAAAACUUCAGUAUUACAGAGUUAACUGCUAUUUCUCUGAGCUUCUCAAAAAUGUACUGUAAAGUACAACCUCCAUCAAACACCACAGCCACAAAACACAAUUUAAUGUUGACAUCUCUAUGUUUCUGUACUAUUUAACCAAAAAGGUCUCAGAAGAGCUUCCAUGUCUAAAAGAAAAUAAUGGGUCUUCCUCUUCUUUUAAAAGCUCCUUAGGUCUCUUCUUUCAGUAACUUCUCUCUUGAUUUCCCUUCUUUCUCUGUCCAUAGCCAGGUAAUAAUGGCAUGAUACAAUUGCAUGAAGACAAUUGCCUUGUCUUCCUGACAUGCAGUGCAUGUCCUAGGAGUGCUGCCUUAAGGCAUGAACUACAGUGCUCUACAGAGGCAGUGCCCCUCUCUCUACACAGCCACAUGAAACACAGGAAAGAUAAUUUUGUGCCUUAUUUUCCAUGACAGAAUACAGGAAAAAUGGAUAUGUCUGUCAAUAUUGGAAAUAAAACACUUCAAAAGCUUCUGAGGAAAUUUUAGCUCCUGCACUAUGAAUACUAAUGGCAGCAGUUAAAGGCAGUUCCCAGGCACACAUGGAAGACAAACGAUUCUCCAAGAUCACUGAGUAGGGGGAGGAAUACCACAAACAGCUGAGCCAUAACCCAUGCAUCUCAUACACUCAUAUUCUCUGGCACAGUAACACACUGAUUUGCCAAAGACAGUCUGAGCUGGAAUCAUAUUAACAUUCACAUGCAGAUAUUAGACAAAGACUAUUAUUUCAUGAAUGCACCACAGGCCAAAGUAAAGAGAACAUAAACCAAAUUUUUUAAAAAUUGCACAUAAUUAAUUUAUCAAGAAAACCUCAAACAAACAUGUUUAGUCAGACAAGCAGACCUAACCCACAGUUAAAAUAAUUGCUUUUUUAACAUUAACAAUAAAAGCAUGUUGCCAAAAUCUGCGUAAUGUUGGAUUUAUUUGGAAAGAUGAGGUCAGAACUGUAGCUUGGAUAAUUUCGAAUGGAAAGGUAGCCUAUAAUUGAACAGACAGUUCAACUCAAUUUGUUAGCUGAAAAAAGGUCAAAGGAAAAGAAUCUCAAUAUGAUUUUCAAUCUCUAAAAGAAAAUAGAUCGUUUUGCAGCAACAUUAAACCAUACAGAAGAAUUUUAAAAGAUGGCACUAGUAGGCAAUAUGAUAAAUACAGCUACCCAGUGAAUUUCAACAUAAAAACAUAUGUACUUAAUCUAAAUAUCAAUAGCAUACUGAUAUAAAUGCAUUUAAUGUUAAAAAAAAAGAUUGCGUAUCUUCAAAGCUAGAAGAAACAACUUUAAAGUCAGUGUUUUCUAAAAGCCUCUGUAGACUGUCAUAUAUGAUUCAUCACAACUAGUUUAAAAUAGCACUCAGUAGAUGUAAACAGACAUAAUGAUUGAUUUUGAAUCUACAGAAAACAUUAAUUAUCUACAAAAAUGGAAAAUGCAAGGUUUGUAGAAACAAGAAUUGAAUUUAGCAAGAUAAAUGAAAAUGGAUGGCAAUCAACAUACUGAUACUACAACUUAUAUAACCAACACUAGAUAUGAAUCCAUUAAAUAAAGUGACAUUAAAGGCCAUUUGUAUAAAAGAUGUAAUUCUACCACAACUGUUCUUUACCUUUUUUUAGCUCUAAACACAAUAAACAUUAUGAUGAUUUUAGUUUUGCACCCAAAUACAUAAGGAAAAAAAAAUCAUAGAAGGAUUUAACAUUUUUAAGUAUAACACCCAUAGAGGAGGUGAUGUGGCUGUGUAUGGUUUAUUUUGGCUUGCUUUCUUUAUUAGCUCCCAAAAUUCAUUAUGAUACUGGAUUAAAUUCUGUCACUAACCAAUUUGCACACUGGUAUUAUUGAGAAUGUUAUUUUAUCCUGUGAUAUAAAAGCCAAAACCAUGACCAAAAUACUUUUUAUUCUUAGCCAGUUGUUCUUUUUCAUCACCAAUCUAGAGACUAAAUUGUUCUCACUCAUAAUUACAGUCAUUUUCUAAAGCUAAAGAAAUCACUCAGAUUGCUAUAGGCUGCAUCAACAAUUUCAAGAAUGUA